UCACUGGGUUGCUGUGAGUUUUCCGGGCUGUCUGACCAUGUUCCAGAAGCAUUCUCUGCUGACAUUUUGCCCACAUCUAUGAAAGGCAUCCUCAGAGGUUGUGAGGUAUAUUGGAAACUGGUCAAGUGGGUUUUAUAUAUAUAUCUGUGGAAUGCCCAGGCUGGGAGAAAGAACUCUUUGUCUGUUUGAGGAAAGUGUGAAUGUUGCAAUUGGCCCCCGUGAUUAGCAUUAAAUAGCCUUUCAAUUUCAAGGUUUGGCUGCUUACUGCCUGUGGGAUCCGUUGUUGGGAGGUGUUAGGUGGCCCUGAUCGAUUCAUGUCUGGAAUUCCUCUGUUUUCUGAGUGGUGUUCUUUAUUUACUGUUCUGAGAAGCCAUUGAAAUCCACAAGCCUGUGGACAAUUUCAACAGAAAGGUGGAAACCAUGAAGAUGAACAAGGUGAACAAAAUCUGGCUACCAGUAUUUUUUUUAAAAGCCUCUAAAAUCAGUAAAUAGCAACACUCAGAAAACAGGAAUUCCAGAUAUGAAACAAUCAGGGCCAGCUAACACCUCCGAACAAAGGUGGCCAACUACAACAUUCACACCUACUUCAAGCAGACAAAAGUUCCGGGCUUCUGGGAAUUGAAGUCCAAAAACCAGAAAGACUAGUUUGCGGAAUCCCUUUCUGACUGAGCAGAGUAACGCCAACUCCUGGGAGGAGAGAGGUGGAGUUAUGCAGCAGCACUUCCGGUACACUACAGCCGGAGGGAUCACCAAGAUGGCGGCCUAAAGCGGUUCAUCCUUGCAAUCGGAAAUUCAGUCGCCACUUCCUGUUUCAAUUAAAUCCCCGCCCCUCAGGAACAUUCGGGAGGUUUUUCAACUUUCCUUUUCCUUCUUUUCUUUCCAUUGCUGAGAGGACAAACACAUGAAAUAUCUGGAAGAUCAGGAUAAUAUUGGAAGAGCAUAAUACAACUAAUAAAUUGUGCUGAGACAAUUCAAUGGCAUACCAAGAGCACAUUUGCCAGGUGUGAAUUUCCUGUAAAGGAAUAGAUGAAAGAAUAAUCUCGGAAACUACUGAUAUUAUGGCAACCUUAAACCCUGCUGCUGUUUCUCCAUCAGCCACAGCGAUACCACCAAGCCCCUUGCCUACUGCCCCUCCUGGGACAGGAGCUUCAGUGGCGCGUGGUAAAAAGCGGCCCUCCAGUCCUGGGAAUGGCAGCUCCAGUAAGAAAAAGCGGUUGACAGUGUUAGGUGGUGGUGGAAGUUUCUUUCAGAGCACAAGUACAGAGACAAAUGAAAAUAAAACAUUGAACACUGAUUCAAGCACAGUAGCAGUAGAGACUACUAGCAAACCAUUGCCAUUUAAGGCUCCAAGCUUCAUUCAUUCUGGCAUUGGUGGAGCUGCAGCUGGUAAGAAGAACAGAACCUGGAAAAAUCUGAAGCAAAUCCUUGCAUCAGAAAGGACGUUACCAUGGCAGGUUGAUGAUCCAAACUACUUCAGUAUUGAUGCUCCUCCUUCUUUUAAGCCACACAAAAAAUACUCUGAUAUUUCAGGACUUCCUGCCAAUUAUACUGAUCCACAGAGCAAACUGCGAUUUAGUACCACAGAGGAAUUUGCCUACAUUCGAAUGCUUCCUUCAGAUGUUGUUAUGGGUUAUCUCACUCUCAGAAAAGCAACAAAUGUUGUUCCCUGAGAGGAAAAGGUUUGACCUAACUUGAAGUGGUAGGAAACAUAUUUCCAAUGGCACUAUAUGAGUGUGUGUGCAUAAUGCGUGUGUGUCACUGGCAGCUUAAUAAAAGGUGCAUAUAAAAUA